AUGCCACAAAAAACGCAAUACCUGCAGGAGUCCCUUGAUAAGGCCAUUGGUGCAGUAAAUUCAAACAAAUUAAGUAUUUCUAAAGCAGCUACAGAAUAUGGGGUACCAAGGACAACCAUAUCAGACCAUGUCAAUGGAAAGUAUGACAACCAUUUGAAUGGACCUUCAAAGAUGCUGACAGAUGAAGAAGAUACAUCUUUAAUAAACUACGUCAAGUAUAUGGCAGAAAGAGGUUUUCCUUUGACAAGAAGAAUGUUAAAAGCAUUCGUAAUUUCUAUCAUUGAGAAAUCAGGUAGAUCAACUUUAUUCAAUAUGGAAAAAGGUCCUAGUAACAAAUGGGUAAACAAACUUCUAAACAGACACCCUGAAUUGUCGGAAAAACUACCAGAACAGCAGGACAAAGCCAGGAGACGCAUGUCUAAUGUCACUGUGGUUGACCAAUAUUUCAAGUUGCUAGUGGACACAGUCGACUCUUUAGGAUUAACAAAUAAACCCAACCAGAUAUUUAACUGUGACGAGUCUGGCUUCAGUGGUAAAGAAAAAAGUAAGGAAAAAGUUUUAACACUAAAAGGGUCACACAGCUACCAACAGAAAGUAUUAGUCCAUGGUCACAUUACAGUUCACAUGUGCAUAGCAGCGGAUGGACAUGUCCUCCCUUCAUUUCUGAUUUUUGAUGGUUGCCUGCCUCAUAGGAGCUUUAAGGAUGGUGUUCCAGAUAACUGGUUAUAUGGAUCCUCUGAAUCCGGGUACAUGGAUACCGAGUUGUUUGAAAACUGGUUCGACAAAGUUUUCAUACCAUUCUGUGGAACAAGAAGGCCAGUACUGCUGAUUUUUGAUAACCACGAUUCCCAUAUCAGUAUUGACCUGAUAGAGAAGGCCAAAGCUAACAACAUUCACAUUAUUGGUUUACCACCUCACACUACUCAUCUGCUGCAGCCACUGGAUGUUGCCAUCUUUGGACCUCUAAAAGAAAAAGUGAACCAAUUAUCAGUUACCUUGGGAAACCUGAACAAGUGUGCCACCAUAGGCAAAGCCAAGUUUCCUGCUUUAUUAAGCACUGCAAUUGACCAGACUACAACAAUAGCAAGGGUCAAAGAGUCUUUCAGGAAAUCUGGAAUGUAUCCUGUAGACAGAUCCAUAAUUCCAAAUUCACAACUUGCGCCCGCCGACUUCAACAAAUCUGAAAAGUCAAAUAAAGAAACUACAGAUGAAGAUACAACAACAAUCACCAGUAAUGGUAAACUAUUUAUUUCAUUUGAUUUGUUAUAUUAGGCCUGAAAUAAAAUAUUGUUUGUUUCCAAAAUCCCGACAAACCUUGCAAAAAUGGUGCUACUCAUAAUAAAAUUUUAUUGUCAUAACUAAAUCGAAUAUUAUUUUAUUCCUUUCUGAUUUUCAGGCUUGCAGGAUUGUCCGAUAAUGUUAAAAUGUUUCCAUACCUACAUUGUACCUACCCACACCUGGCUUCGUAGAACCGGGAUUUGGGAAAAACAAACAAUAUAUUAAUUAAGGCCUUAGGCCAUACUUACAACUGACAAUGCCAUGGCUAAAAAUGAAAAAACAACAUGAACCCAACCAAAUACUAGGGGUGAUCUCAGGUGCUCCCAAAGGGUAAGCAGAUCCUGCUCCACAUGUGGCACCAGUCAUGUUGCUUAU